AUUUGGAGAGGCAGGAUGGUCAACAACCUGACCGAAUGCGAGGAGGCAGAGGGGGCCGCCAACAGCCAGGUGGUCAACACCACCUGUCCACCCAAGAAAGGAGAUGGGAACCCCAAGGAGAGCAGUCCAUUCAUCAACAGCACCGACCCAGAGAAGAACCAGCAAUAUGACGGCAAGAACAUGGCCCUGUUCGAGGAGGAGAUGGACACAAUUCCCAUGGUAUCGUCUCUUCUCAGCAGUCUCGCCAACUACUCAAACCUGCCGCAGGGCAGCAAAGAACAUGAGGAGGCGGAAAACAACGAGGGCUCGCGCAAGAAACCUGUCCAGGCUCCGCGGAUGGGCACACUCAUGGGCGUUUACCUGCCCUGCCUGCAGAACAUCCUGGGUGUGAUUCUGUUCCUCAGGAUGACCUGGAUGGUGGGCAUCGGCGGGGUCAUUGAGUCCUUCAUCAUCGUCCUCAUGUGCUGCUCCACGACGAUGCUCACUGCUAUCUCCAUGAGUGCCAUCGCCACAAACGGCGUAGUGCCAGCUGGCGGCUCCUACUACAUGAUCUCUCGUUCUCUGGGCCCUGAGUUUGGUGGAGCUGUAGGAAUCUGCUUCUACUUGGGCACCACCUACGCUGGAGCCAUGUACAUCCUGGGCUGCAUCGAGAUCCUGCUGGUGUACAUUGUUCCACAAGGGGCCAUUUUUAAGAUGGAGGGUCUGGAGGGAGCCGAGGCCGAGGCCGCCAUGCUGAACAACAUGCGUGUUUACGGCACACUCGUGCUGAGCUUCAUGGCCCUCGUGGUGUUUGUAGGAGUGAAGUACGUGAACAAGCUGGCGCUCGUCUUCCUCGCCUGUGUCAUCUGUUCCAUCCUCGCCGUCUACGCUGGAGUGAUCAAGACCGCCUUCGAGCCACCCAUCUUCCCAGUGUGUGUGCUGGGGAACCGGACUCUGGUUUGGAAAGGUUUCGAUGUGUGUGCGAAGGUCAUCGAGAGAGAAAACGUCACGGUCACCACCCAACUCUGGCGGCUCUUCUGCGACUCCGAGUUCUUGAACGCAACAUGCGACAGCUAUUUCAGCGGGAACAACAUCACGGAAAUACAGGGCAUCCCAGGAGUUAUGAGUGGCACCCUACGCGAUAACCUCUUUGGGAAUUAUAUGGAAAAGGCUCAGUUCAUUGAGAAGGUGGGAAUAACGGCUGCGGUGGAACCCGACUCCAUCCCGACCAACACUAACCGCUACGUGCUUGCCGACGUCACCUCCUUCUUCACCAUGCUGGUGGGCAUCUACUUCCCCUCCGUGACAGGUAUCAUGGCUGGAUCAAACCGAUCUGGUGAUUUGCAGGAUGCCCAGAAGUCCAUUCCCAUCGGCACCAUCCUGGCCAUCACCACCACCUCCAUCAUCUACAUGUCCAGCGUGGUGCUGUUCGGCGCCUGCAUCGAGGGAUCGGUGCUGAGGGAUAAGUUUGGUGAGGCCGUCAGGGGUAAUCUGGUGAUCGGGACACUGGCGUGGCCUUCGCCCUGGGUCAUCGUCAUCGGCUCCUUCUUCUCCACCUGUGGUGCGGGUCUCCAGAGCCUGACGGGCGCUCCUCGUCUCCUACAGGCCAUCGCACGGGACGGCAUCGUGCCGUUCCUCAGGGUGUUCGGCCACGGAAAAGCAAACGGGGAGCCCACCUGGGCACUGCUCCUGACCGCGUGUAUCUGUGAGAGUGGGAUUCUCAUCGCUUCCCUGGAUAACGUCGCUCCGAUCCUCUCCAUGUUCUUCCUCAUGUGCUACAUGUUUGUGAAUCUGGCCUGCGCUGUUCAAACUCUCCUCAGAACGCCCAACUGGAGACCACGAUUCAAGUUCUACCACUGGACUCUUUCCUUCCUCGGCAUGAGUCUUUGUCUCUCGCUCAUGUUCAUCUGUUCUUGGUACUACGCCAUCGUUGCCAUGGUGAUCGCCAGCUGUAUCUACAAGUAUAUCGAGUUCCGAGGGGCGGAAAAGGAAUGGGGUGAUGGAAUCAGAGGUCUGUCUCUCAGUGCGGCUCGCUUCGCCCUCAUGAGGUUGGAAGAGGGACCGCCACACACCAAGAACUGGAGACCUCAGAUAUUAGUCCUGGUCAGCAUGGACUCUGAGCUGCAUGUGGAUCAGCCUCGUCUGCUGUCUCUGACCAGUCAGCUGAAGGCUGGGAAGGGUCUGACCAUCGUGGGCGCAGCGCUGGAGGGAACAUACCUGGACAACCUUCCUCAGGGCCAGCAGGUCGAACAGUCUCUGAGGAAGCUGAUGGAGACGGAGAAGGUGAAGGGUUUCUGUCAGGUUGUUAUCUCCUCCAACAAGAGGGACGCCACAUCACACUUGGUCCAGGCCGGAGGGUUGGGUGGUCUUCAACACAACACUGUUCUGGCCAGCUGGCCACGCAACUGGAAACAGGCCGAGGAUCACCAGAGCUGGAGGAACUUCAUUGAGCUGGUAAGAGAAACCACCGCUGCCAGUAAAGCCCUGCUGGUGCCCAAGAACAUCUCGGCCUUCCCAUCGAACGGAGAGCGCUUCACUGAGGGUCACAUCGACGUGUGGUGGAUCGUUCAUGAUGGAGGCAUGCUAAUGCUGCUACCCUUCCUCCUCCGCCAGCACAAGGUUUGGAGGAAGUGCAAGAUGCGCAUCUUCACUGUAGCCCAGAUGGACGACAACAGCAUCCAGAUGAAGAAAGAUCUGACAACCUUCCUGUAUCACCUGCGCAUCGACGCCGCGGUGGAAGUGGUGGAGAUGCAUGACAGUGAUAUCUCAGCGUACACGUAUGAGAAAACCCUGGUGAUGGAGCAGCGAUCUCAGAUCCUGAAGCAGAUCAACCUCACCAAGACUGAGCGGGAGCGGGAGAUCCAGAGCAUCACUGACAGCUCUCGUGGGUCGAUCCGCCGUAAGAACCCGGCCGCGGUCACGACCCAGCUCAGUGUGACUGAGGAACCGGCGGCCAGCAGCAAAGAGGAGAAACCAGAGGAGGAGUCUGUCCCUGUGUCCCCGUCCCAACAGGAACAGCUCAUUCAUGACAAGAGCACCAACCCGCCCACCCCGGCCACUCCUCAGUCCCCCAGCGCAGACGCCGAGACCCCCGGCACGACCGUUCAGAUGACGUGGACUGAAGCCAAGUGUGAUGGAGAGAAGGCCAAACCUGUAGGAGCCACCACACCAGAGGCCAUCAAAGACCUCUUCAACAUGAAACCAAACCAGUCCAACGUGAGGCGCAUGCACACUGCUCUCAGACUCAAUGAAGUCAUCAUGAAGAAAUCCCAGGAGGCCAAGCUCGUCCUGCUCAACAUGCCCGGACCACCAAAAAACAGAAGCGGCGACGAGAACUACAUGGAAUUCAUGGAGGUUUUAACCGAAGGUCUCAACCGGGUCCUCCUUGUGCGCGGUGGAGGUCGCGAGGUCAUCACCAUCUACUCUUAAGAAACAUGUCGAC